GCUGCUGCCCCUCAGCUCUGCCGCCCCUCACCGCUGCCCCUCGCCCGCUCCGCCGCCGCCGCCAUGAUCGGACAGAAGACGCUGCACUCCUUCUUCAGCGCCGCGCCGGCGAAGAAGCGCAGCCGCUCUCCGGAGGCGGGCAGCGAUGAGGAGGUCAGCGCCGUGAAGAAGGCGAAGGCGGCGGGAGAUGAGACGGGCAAGGCCUCGCUGCUGAGCCCCGAGCAGUUGGAGCGGAUCCGCAAGAACAAGGAGGCGGCGCGGCAGCGGCUGGCCGAGCGCAAUGUCCCCCCGGGCUUCGGGGAGAGCUGGCGGCGGCAGCUGGCCGGGGAGUUCUCGAAGCCAUACUUCGUGGAGCUGAUGGCGUUUGUAGCAGAAGAGAGGAAACGCUACACGGUCUACCCACCCCCCGACCAAGUCUUCACCUGGACGCAGAUGUGUGACAUCAGGGAUGUAAAGGUUGUCAUUCUGGGACAAGAUCCGUAUCAUGGACCUAAUCAAGCUCAUGGGCUCUGUUUCAGUGUCCAGAAGCCUGUUCCACCUCCUCCCAGCUUGGAGAAUAUUUACAAAGAACUGUCUACAGAUAUUGAAGGCUUCACUCAUCCUGGUCACGGGGAUUUAACUGGCUGGGCGAAGCAAGGAGUGCUCCUGCUCAACGCUGUCCUGACGGUGCGAGCUCACCAGGCCACCUCCCACAAGGAGCGGGGCUGGGAGCAGUUCACGGACGUGGUGGUGUCCUGGCUCAACAAGAACUUGCACGGGGUUGUCUUCAUGCUGUGGGGCGCCUACGCCCAGCGGAAAGGCAGCUCCAUUGACCGGAAACGCCACCACGUCCUGCAGACGGUUCAUCCCUCGCCUCUCUCUGUCAACAGAGGGUUUUUCGGCUGUCGCCACUUCUCGAAGACGAAUGAAUUGCUGAAGAAAUCCGGCAAGGAGCCCAUUGACUGGCGAGCGCUCUGAGCUGUGGGCAGAGGCUGUGGGGUCUAAUGGUUGGAAAACAGCCCCUGUCUCAGGGGUUGUCUCGUUUCUGAAAAACUUCUGCUGACCUGAGAAAUCACUCUGUGGAUAUUGAUCAAGGAACAAAUGACCAAACUUUCAGAGAUGUUAUAUAUUUUUUUAAAAAUGUUUUUUAAAGAGCAGGUUGGAGUGUUACGUGGACAACUUCUCUGCUGUUUGAACAGGUCUCAGCCUAGUUUGAAGCAAAAAAAAAAAAAAAAAAGACUUUAUAUUAAUUUGUGCGUGUUUAUUCUAACGGGAAUAUAUUUUCAGGCUCUUGUGAAGGGAUGUCAUUUCCUACAGGUGAAGCCGUUCAGCUGUUGUAAAUACCCUGCUUUGCCUCCUCCCGCUUUGCCUCCUACUGCGCAAAUCCACAUUUCAUAUUUGGGGGUGCGGAGCUGACUCCAUGGGAGAAAAUGGUUUGAGCUUUUUAGCUGCAGAUUGCGAGUUUUAUUAGAAAUAACGUCCUCUUGGGACCUAAAGACUGUACGCUGUCAGAAGAGUUACUUGCUGUAUCUGUACUCUCAAGGUUUUGGGGUAAAUUCCCCCCAGCAGCCGACGGGAGGCUGCGACCAAGGCUGUGGUCGUGCUCUGAGGUUUUUGUUGGCAUUUAGAGAGGAAACUCCUAAGUUUUUAGAUUCUUUCUGGGUGCGUUAAUCGCUUGGAUGCCAGGUGAGCUGUGAUGACUGUGAACUUCGUGGUAGCUGCCAAUGGCAGCAGCAAAGGUUUGUUCAUCAAGAUCUGCCAACCGAUGGGGUGACGGUUGCGAAUUACUUAAGAUCUUAAAAGAUCUUAAAACAGAGGGAGGUUUGUGCUUUGCCUUCACAGGAGCAAAUCUGGUUUCUGGCCACCGUUGAAAAUAACUGUUGGGACUUCAAGGAUGAAGACAAGGUUGGACUUCACACCUCUGGGUUUCCAGUUCAUCUUUGACUUUAUAAUUGCUGUAAUGGAACCAAAGUGCCUUCUUUGUUGUGAAACUACAUCAGUUUUCAUAGAAUGACGCUGUAAACCUUUCGUUGCUAUCUGCUCCGAUAGGUAACACUAGUACAAGUGAAGUUUACACUUUCUGUGGCCGUGUUGUAUUUUUUUGUUUGGUUGUUGUUCUUUUUUCCCCAGGUUUGUUUGUUUUUUUUUUUAAAUAAAAAUUACUUGGUUUA